AUGUCCAAGACGCCUCGAGACGAAGAAUGUCCCGGGCCAAGUGAUGACCAAACUAAGGAGACGGCUGGACUCGCCACCACACUGCCUCUUCACCACGACAAGAACAACAAUCAUACCCGAGCAGACAAUACUCGAUAUGAAGACCUCACGCAGAAUCAGGUCCUCGAACCACAGCAAUCAAACGAGCGCCCCCUCCACUCCGUGUUUUCCUCCAGGAUCAAAGUCUUCGUCAUCGUCAUGACAGUCUUCAGCACCAUCUUCUCGCCCUUCUCAUCCUUCAUCUACCUGCCAGCCAUCACCCCCAUCGCCAACUCAUAUCACCGCUCCCUAGGCGACAUCAACCUCACCGUCACCGUCUACCAAAUCAUGCAGGCCAUUGCACCACUGUUCUUUGGCGAUCUCAGCGACCAGAUUGGCCGAAGGCCCGUCUAUGCGCUCACGUUUGCCAUCUACCUGGGUGCAAACGUCGGGCUUGCCCUGCAGCACAACUACGCGGCGCUGUUGGUUCUGCGAGCCUUGCAAAGCACCGGCAGUAGCGCGACAGUGGCGAUCGGCAGCGCCGUAGUUGCUGACCUGACCACUGCCGCCGAGAGAGGAGGGUACAUCACGGCCGUGCAGUCGAGCAUCAUGUUUGCGCCGGCAUUGGCGCCUGUCCUGGGGGGGUUGCUGACGCAGUACCUGGGGUGGAGGUCGACGUUUUGGUUCCUGACAAUCGCCGCCGGCGUGUUUGUCGUGGUUUACCUUCCGUUUGUGCCAGAGACGGCGCGCAACAUUGUGGGCAAUGGAUCGAUCCCUCCGCCGGCUCUCAACACCUCCAUCACAUCACGGAUCCAAUGGCGCCGCAAAAGACGCGACCUCGAGUCCACGCCCGGCGCGACUACCCCUGAGCCCAAGAAACUGCCUCUCGGGAUCCCCGUCCCGGACAUCUUUGCUGCCAUCCGCAUCAUCUUUGAAAAGGACGUCGGCCUCCUCAUGCUCUUCAUGUCUCUCUUUGUCAUGGCCAACUACGCCAUGCUGGUACCUCUUCAAGACGUUAUUCGCCGCCGAUACAGCUUCAACGACCUCCAGGUCGGGCUGUGCUACAUUCCCUUUGCGAUGGGAUCCGUAUCUGGCGCCGUCGUGGUAGGCAGACUACUCGACUGGAACUACGCCCGGGUGGCAAAGAGCAUGGGCGUGUCCGCCGACCGCAAGAGGGGCGGCGAGUUGAGACGGUUUCCCAUUGAGAGGGCGAGGCUGGAUCUCAUGUGGCCGUGGACGAUGCUUGCCUUCAUCACGACAGCUGUAUGGGGCUGGGUUGUCGACUCGGGCGCCAGCCUAGCCGCACCGCUGGUUGUUUUGUUCCUCGCGGGCAUGGGUCUCUCUGGGCCCAUUUCGAUCCUCACCACCUUGUUGGUGGACUUGUACCCGAUGAACGCCGGCCGGGUUUCGUCUUCAUUCAACCUGACGAGGGCGGGGAUAAGCGCCGUGGGAACAGCCGUGGUACAGUACAUCAUCGACGCCUGGGGUUAUGGAUUUACAUAUCUGUUUCUGGCAUUGGUGGUUUUGGCUGCCAGCCCCUCGAUAUUUGUUGUCAGGAGAUGGGGCCCGAAGUGGAGGGAGGAGAGGUAUCAAAGGUUCGGCAUCGUCAACGUCUAA